GUUAACUAUCGUCUAUUUGAGGGUACAAGAGCCUCGUUAAAAGAACAGCUCCUAUUACGACUUGAUCUCUUUCCCAAGAAAACCCUCCAGUGCAGACUAUCAGGUUUCAACUCCCCUUCCCAAAAGGGGAAGUCGCAACAAUGUCCUACUACUUCACCAUUCUCUCCCCGACCGAUGUCCCGCUCUUCACCCUCACAUUCGGCACGUCCAAAGCUGGCGGGGAUGGCAUUGCUCGAUUCCGCUUCCCGGAUACGGCGCGAUAUAUGAAUCAAUUCAUUAUCCAUUCCAGUUUGGAUGUCGUUGAGGAAGUACAAUGGAUGAAUGGUGCUAUGUACCUCAAACACAUCGACACCUACCCACCCACCGCGGCACACAUUUCCGCAUUCCUCACCCCCUCCGGCGCCCGCUUCCUCCUCCUUCACCAACCGCCCCAACUCCCCUCCUCAUCCUCCUCCCUAGCCGCUUCCAUGUCUUCCUCCGCCCUCGGCGGCGGGAGCAGCUCGCGCGCCUCGUCGACUUCUAUCGCUGCGAACCCGACGUCUCCGCAGACUGAGGAGGCGAUCCGGCAAUUCCUGAAUGAAGUGUAUGAGAAUUACGUCAAGACGGUCAUGAGUCCGUUUUAUAAGCAGGGGACAGAGAUUCGGAGUCCGGUGUUUCGGUCGAGAGUUGCUGCGGCGGGGAGGAAGUGGUUGUGAGUGGGGAUAUUGCGUAUCAAAGCUGGCCUUCUCUCCUUUUUUUUUUUUUUUUUUUCUUUUU